AUGUCCAACCUUGCUAAGAUUGGAUGUAACUUUCAGAAUGCAACAGAUACCUGUGUCAUGUGCUACAACAAUUCUGAAACUGUUGACCAUCUUUUGAUUCACUGUGAUUUUGCUUCCCGUAUCUGGGCGUUCUAUGCGAACAAUCUACAUAUACUUACGACUCCAAUUUCGCUUGAUCAAGUUUGGUUAACUUGGAUUCCUUCCCUGGAAGCGCAUAGGCGCACCUUCUGGGAUCUCCUUACCAGAGCAAUUUUCUGGAAUAUUUGGUUGGAAAGGAAUAACAGAAUAUUCAAUCUUGCCUUUCUUUCCACUACUGCAAUCUUGUUUAAAAUUUCUCAUAUGCUCAUUGAUUGGUGUUCUGCAGCUAGGGAUCCUACUCUGCAUGUUUCCAGUGAUUCCAUACAGUCCGUCAAGCGCUCCCUCGAUUUUCUGAGUGCCAGAUCUGCGGACCUCGCCAGCAACUCGAUCUAG